AUGAACACUAGUCCCGUGGAGGCUCACAGCACCGGAUCAGCAAGUCGGAGUCGGACCAAUACGUUACGGGUAUUUGGAAGACCACGCGGACAUCCGCAAUAUACAAGUGAUAUUACAGAUUAUGAGUUAUUGCAUGAUGUUGGCGGUGUGGACGACAUUUCAUUCCUGUAUCUUGCCAAGUUUAUACCGACGCAGGAACCUGUGAUGCUGAAAUAUACGGAUUUGACUCUGUCGCCUGACUUCGAAUUGAUUGAUGAACUGGUUAGAACGUCGCAUAACACAGCGCUUUGUCGGCAUGCUAAUAUACUGCCGUAUCACAUUUCGUUUGUGGAGAGUGAGAGGUUAUGGACAGUGACGUAUCCAAUGAAACUAGGAUCAUGUCGAGGCCUAAUGAAAAAGAGUUUCCCAACUGGGUUUGCGGAACCAGUAGUAGCGACCAUAUUAAAGGAAGUCCUGAGAGCGCUGUCGUAUCUACACGAGAAUUACUUUAUACACAACGAUAUUCGGGCAGACAACAUCCUCAUGUCUGAAACUGGUGAAAUCAGACUAACUGGAUUCCGAUCUAUGGUGUCGAGAGCUCAGCAUGGUGGAUAUGUCAAGACAGUGUUUUCAUUGGUUGGAGAUAAUAUUGAGUGGGCUGCUCCUGAAGUUAUGGCGCAGAAUUCGAAUUACACUGACAAGGCCGAUAUCUAUGGAUUGGGUAUAACUGCAUUGGAACUGGCUUUUAAUACUACACCGUUUACGGAUUGGCCACCGCUGAAGGUUCUACUGGCAAAGAUGGAAUACGAUGUGCCUGCUACAAUUUUGUCCAACAAGCCGAUGUCUAGACAUUUUUACGAUCUAGUGUAUCAGUGUUCUCAACGAGAUCCUACUUCGAGGCCGUCAGCUGCAACAUUGCUGGAUCACCCAUUCUUCAAACUGGCCAAGAACCAACACUAUCUGGAAUCUAAUGUCGUCAAGCCUUCACUCAGACAAGGUCCACCAACAUAG